AUGUUAAAGUCACAGUUGGCCUCAAGUGUGUUCAACGCGCAAACCUUUGAAAUUUGCGAGUGGCUGAAUGGAGAGCUCAUCCUGCAAAGCAGCCAGGCAUCGGAAGAGGGAAAAGACUUUGUCCAUGUGUGUCUGAGCGUAGAUCCUACAAACAGGAUCCGCCUGGAGGAGAUAGAGGCCCGGCUAAAGCAGGGCUGCACUAAAGCCCUGAUAAAUGUUCUAACAUGGAACAGACUCUGGACUGGCUCCAGCUUGGUGCAUAAGGACCACAAGAAACUAUAG